GUUGGAAAUGUACUGGAGUAGCCUGCACCGCUUACCUUCGCGAACGCAUUUUAGAUCCACGCGAUUCUCCAAGCGAGUAGGUUGCAACAAACAGCAGAGAGCAACAAGGCGAGAGAUGCAGUGCUGGUCUUCUAGCCGUGGCACUACCUCCUGCUCAACCCUAUUCAUACCCUCUCUUAUUCCCCAUUGCCAAGCCCGUUCUUUCUUUUUCAAAGGAAGGAAGCCGUUGUCUAAAACCCUAUUCCCUCUUCUCUUCCCCGCGCAAAAUCCCUCCUUUUGCCAUUCCUUACCUUUAAGACCUACCCCUUUUUCCAGAGUUCCCCACGUUCCCUUCUCUUCCGAUAGUGGUAAGGAAACCGAGGUUGAGUUACUCGGCAAGCCGUCUCUUGUCUCCAUCCCCGUUGGAGAAGAAGUCCCCGCUUCUUCGAAAUCCGUUCAUCUCGACGAUGCUUUGGCCCCGUUCCUAAAAUUCUUCAAGGCCAGUGAUUUUGAUGAAAAAGACCAAUUUGGUGAAAAGUGCCAAGAAGCGUUGGAUGGAGAAAUCUCGAAGGAAGAGAAGGAAACGCUAGGGGAGAAAAAACGAAUUGGAGUGGAGUACUACGAUCCAAAACCUGGCGAUUUUGUGGUUGGCGUGGUAGUAUCGGGGAAUGCUAAUAAGAUUGACGUGAACGUCGGUGCUGACAUGCUGGGCACGAUGCUUACCAAGGAGGUGCUACCUUUCUAUGACGCGGAGCUGGCUUAUUUGUGCUGUGAUUUGGGAAAUGAUGCAGAGGAUUUCAUGGUCAGUGGGAAGAUAGGGCUGGUGAAGGAUGAGGAGGCGAUGAGAGAAGGAAAAUUGACAGGGAGGCUGGUUGUGGAAAUGGGUACGGUUCUUUUCGCCGAGGUUCUUGGUCGAACACUUAGCGGGAGGCCACUGCUUUCUUCCAGGAGGAUGUUCCGCAGGGUUGCAUGGCAUCGAGUGAGGCAGAUAAAACAAUUAAAUGAGCCCAUUGAGGUUAAGAUUUUUGAAUGGAACACGGGUGGCCUUUUAACCAGGAUUGAGGGUUUACGUGCAUUCCUCCCUAAAGCUGAGCUGAUGAAUAGAGUUAACAACUUUAUGGAUUUGAAGAAAAAUGUUGGUCGAAAGAUGUUUGUCUCUAUUAGUAGAAUUGAUGAAACUACUAAUGUCUUGAUAAUCAGCGAGCGAGAAGCCUGGGAUAUGUUGCAUUUAAAAGAAGGAACACUUCUAGAAGGGUCCAUUUGCAAAGUUUUCCCAUUUGGAGCCCAAGUAAGGCUUGGCGAGACUAAUAGAAGCGGCUUACUUCAUAUCUCAAAUAUAAGUCGGGCCCGUGUAGCUUAUGUAAGCGAUGUGCUUGAAGUUGGUGAAAGGGUCAAAGUUCUUGUUGUUAAGUCUAUGUUCCCUGACAAGAUUUCCUUAAGUAUUGCUGAACUUGAGAGCAGACCUGGUCUAUUUCUUUCAGAUAAGGAGAAAGUUUUCUUUGAGGCGGAAGAGAUGGCAAAGAGGUAUAGACAGAGGACACCUGUUCUUCCAACAACUCAAAAAAUGAAUCAACUUAGUGAUGAGGUUAUGCCUUUUGAUGCUGAAGCUAAAUUUUAUGCUAACUGGGAAUGGUUUAAAUUCGAAUAAAUGACAACUCCGCUUCGUGAUUGUUUCAAGAACUCAGUCUAGUACAAUUAGAGAUAAAGAUCCUUACAGGAUUUUAGUGCAACCUAGAAUGUAGUUGAUUGCCUAAAGAGGUUCUGAAUUCUGUAAUUUUUUAAUUUAUUUUCCUAGAGAAAUAUUUUGUAUAUCCUUCAGGCAUCCAGGUGGUAUCCUUGAGCAACAAAGUCUUGUGCUUCCUUAUUCUUGUACUAUUUAUUGUGCUUCCUUACCAACACAGUUCUGCUCUUGUUAAUGCAUUCACACUGGUUGUUGUAAUUAUAAGACAAUAAAAAAUGUUCAUAGGGACCAUUUAUGCAUGGCUAAAUACAUCAUAAUUUGUUACUGCUUUCA